AUGGAGUAUUAUGAGAAAGGUAAACAAAUCGUGUUGGAUCUAAUAGAAAGAGGACCAAAGGCCAUCUUUGAAAGACUGUUUGGCAAAGAAACAAACAUCCUGUUUUUAGGGAUUGACAACGCAGGAAAGACAACACUUUUGCUUCGGUUAAAAACAGACACCAUCCACACAGUUGCCCCCACGCGGUCGGUUCGAGAAGAAACUCUGCAAAUAGGAAAUAUGAAAGUGACCAUAAACGACCUGGGAGGGCACGAGACCGCCAGACUGGGAUGGAGUACGUACUUUUUUCAGUCACACGGUAUUAUAUUUAUGAUAGACAUAACAGACAUGGACAGAUACCACAUAGUUGCAGAGACGUACGCGCAUUUGCUGUACGCCAUGGAAAAGUCCGGAAGAAAGACCCUUCCCAUUGCCGUGCUGUUCAACAAAACAGACAUGUGGCAGAAAGUGUGGGAGAUGAGGAAUCCAUCGCAGCCCAUACCUGUUUUAGACGAGGCGUAUCUGAACUACCUCUGCAGCCACCUCGGAAUUGUCACAGGAGACGGAGAAGACGGCAGAAGAAUAUCUGCUAACUACUGCAGCGUAGUGACUGACUCCAUCUCCACGCAGAACAAAGGGUUUAUGCUGGCCUUCAAGUGGCUCGACGUUAUGAUUCGUGCAGGAAAAUAA